AACCAGGCAGGUGUGAAUACCCCAAUUGAAAUUUUCAUUCUCAUUAUAUAACUAUUUUUAUUUAAUUUUUGUAGCUCCCAACGACCUCAAGAAGUCUUAAUUCUAGUGAUAAUGAACCUCCAGAGACAACAGCUCUUGAAGAUGACGAAAAUAAUACAGAAAAUAUUGCAAAUUCUGAGGAUUUGAACGAGAUGCCGUCAACUUCAAGAUCAUCUACAUCUGCUGGCCAAGUUGUCUGUUGUAUAUUUUGCAACCAGAUUCAGAAAAAAUCAGGAAAGCGAGUCCUCAAUCUAAUAAUUUCCUCGAGUAAUGAGCUGUGUGAAAGAAUGAAAAAUGUAGCAGAAAGCUUGGGUGAUCGUGAGUUUCUUUUAAAGCUGAAGAAUCUUCCGAUAGCUUAUCAUAAACCCUGUUAUGCUUCUUUUCUAACGAAAGAAAAACGAAAUGAUGAUCAUCAUUCAGAUUCCAGUUGGCAUACUUAUCGAAACCUGCAUAAACAAGCUUUUGAAUGUAUUGCCGAUUUUAUUUCAAAUGAAAUAAUUGAAAAUAAUCGAGUAAUGUACUUCUCUCAAUUAGUUUUAAGAUAUCAAGCUCUAUUAUUAGAAUUUGGAAAAAAUACAAUCGAUCUCGUUGAUAUUGAGGAUUACCGAUCUGAAAUGCUGGGAAAAAAAAUCUUUAACAAAUUUGGUGAUACUUUAAUAAUGGAAGCAUCGAAAGGUCCACGUAAUAAAAAAAUUAUAUAUAAGGCAGACAUCGACGUUUCAGUUAUGGCUAAUAAUGCAGCAUUUCUGGAGAAGAAAAACGAAGAGAAAUUCGAUGAUGUUUCAUUUCACUUAAGAAACUGUAUAAAAAAAAUUGAAUUGAAACCAUUGCCUAAACGCCUCACAGCAGAAGACGUCAUCCGCGGGGAAUGUGAAAUCCCACCAUUAUUAUUUGAUUUUAUGUGUAAUCUUAUUAAAGGUCCUCACUUUUCCGAGAAAAACUCAACCCAGGCUACAACACAAGUUAUAUCAAUUUGCAGUGAUAUAAUUUACGCAGUCACUAAGGGCGCAUGUAAACCAGCAAAAAAUUUAACACUUGGUUUAGCAUUAAAGUCAAUAACAAAUUCUCGUCAAGUUAUUACGAUGCUUAAUAAAUAUGGUCAUACAAUUUCUUAUAAUUUGGCAGAAGAACUUGAGACAGAAAUGACAUAUACUUCGGUUCAAGACAGAAAAGUUCUACCACUCGGAGUUAGCACAACAAAUAACUGUAGCACUCAUGUAGCUUUCGAUAAUUUUGAUCGCUUUGUAUACACAAAUUCAGGGAAAGAUACCAUGCAUGAUACAGUUGGAAUUGUUUACCAAUUUUGCAACACCCAAAACGAAGAUUCUGAGCUUGAACCGAUGAGAGCUUCAACACCCGAGCUUCAUGACAAUGAAGAAGACCACGAGCCUUCGCGAAAAAGAAGACACUUUAUAGCUUGGCAAUAA